UGUCUAAAGUUCCUUACGGACAAAGUAAACUGUAACAAACACAUACUGUACGAUUACAACGCGAAUCGCUUUAGUGUUGUUUAUACUGUUUUUUUUUUCUUCUUAAUGUCGUUAUAAUCAAAAGACAUCACAGUAUAGCAUGUGAAUGGAAAGAAUGAACGCAGAAAGCGCCCCGUCUGAAUAUACAAUUAUCACUCCGUCUAGAAACCAGUGUGUAUACACCAGCUGUUACUGUGAGGAGAAUGUGUGGAAAUUGUGUGAAUGUGUCAAUGAUCAGGGCACUUGCUCGUUGGAUGAAGUGUAUGCAGUCUUUAUAUCUAAUGAAAAAAAAAUGAUACCCAUUUGGAAACAAAAAUCCAGUCGAGGGGAUCAACCAGUAAUCUGGGAUUACCAUGUUAUUCUUCUACACGUAAAUAAACAAGGACAGAGCUAUAUAUAUGAUUUAGACACCAUCCUUCCCUUCCCUUGCUUACUUGAUGUAUAUUCAAAGGAGGCCUUUCGUUCUGAUGAGCAUUUAAAACCUGCUUUCUGGAGGAAACUUCGUGUCAUACCAGGCGACAUCUACAUGAAGAAGUUUGCUUCUGAUCGGUCACAUAUGAAGGACUCUGACGGGAACUGGCGUAUGCCGCCCCCACCAUACCCAUGUUUAGAGACAUCAGAAUCGAAAAUGAAUCUUGAUCACUUCAUCUGCAUGGAUGCUCGAGUGGGAUAUGGAGAGGUUUACAACCUUUCAGACUUUGUUCAACACUUUGGAGUGAAGUAAUUUUUUUUUCUUUAUGCCAACACUUUAUGUUGAAAAAUGGGCAUGAACAUAGCCUCGGGGAAAGAUCCCAUUAGCAAGGACAGUACUGUGACGAAGCGGGUCUUGAAAUGCAUAUCCUUUGCCUGUCAAAUUCUUUUUUUU